AUGCCGCCUCGCCGCCGGGGAGGUUCGGGCUUCCACGGCGUCCGCGUGCGUCCGUCCGGCACCUACUCCGCCUCGAUCCAGUUGCGCGGCGGCAUGCGCCUCGGCCUCGGAACCUUCGACACCGCCCAGGACGGCGCCCGCGUGUACGACGCUGCGGCGUGGCGCCUCCGGCGGUCCCGUGGGGACAUGAACUUCACCGACGUGGCGACGCCAGAGCAGGCACAGGAGUUGGCUCCUUUCCCACGGCUUAUCACCGACGAGGAUCGGCGCAAAAACCGGAGGCGGGAGCGCCGUCUCAGCCUGGCCGAGAUGGACGAGGAAGCCAUGGCGCUGUGGAGGCAACGCUUCCCGCAAGAUAUCAUCAACGAGGAGCAGUUCUUCGCCGAGAGGAGGGGUGGUGGCGACCGCAGAGAGGGGCGGGUGUCGGUGGCGGCGUUCUACACGGUGGACCCGGAGAAAGAGGUGGAGCCGGCGCCGGAGCUGGUGAGCGAGGAGAGGCCCAGGCAGUAG